AUGGUUCCAGAAGGUCGAGCAUUCAACCGUGCUUCUAAUACCAAGCGAGGGGAAGAAAAAUUGUUGUUGCUCCACAAUGGUACAGGGAACCACACCGACCGGCUUGCUCAGCUGGAAUUCAAAGCGGAAUUAGUCCUCCUUGGUGCUCUGCACUUGUGUAGCACCACCAUCCAUUUCCGCCUGUGUAACACAAUAAGCAACCUGAAAAGUCUGACUCUUCCUGGUAUCGGAUCAAAUAAUUUUGUUGGGGUCUUUCCUUCAUCUAUAUUCAAUAAGUCCUCCAUGGAAGUUCUUGAUGUGGUUGAAAACCACCUAGUAGGGAGUUUACCAUCAGACUUGGGCUUCACCAUUCCGGUGCUCCAAAUUCUCUUCAUGAGCAAAAACCGGUUCAUUGGAAUCAUUCCCAAAUCACUAUCCAAUUUGUUUGAUCUCUUUAGCUUUGAUAUUGCUUUGAAUAAUUGA